UAAAACAGCUCUUGUCAAGGUGAAGUCAGCUAUUCUAACUGCUAUUCUCAGCUGUAAUUUUCUUGUGUCGUACUAAACUUUUUUAAAAGAAAUCAAAAUGCAAUUAGUUGGACGUGUAUUCAUUUUGGCCGUUUGUGUACUAAGUGCUUUCGCAGUACCAAAAAUUACAGCUCACUUUGAGAGCGAUGUUGCAGCUGCUGAUGGCAUUUAUCAAAUGAUUUUGGCUCAAGUUCGUUCUGCUAGUAUGAUAGAUACUCGGGCCAUGACCAUUCCAGAAGCUGUCUGUGCUGACCAAUACAACAACAAAACACAAUCAAUUAAUAACGUAUUGACAAAUCAAACGAAUGCCUGCUUCGAAAAUGCAAAUAAGACAACGAAUGGCAAUGCUUUGAGUGCCAAUGAUACUGCCAACAUCAUACGUGCCAAUCUAAGAGCUGUCCAGAACCAAUUGGCCAAUUGCAGUGCCAUUGAAAAUAUUACCGAAUUCAACAAUUGCACAACUGCUACUUUUGACAAUAAUUUACUACAGUUAAACGCUGCCAACUCACAAGCUUAUCUCUUGGAUGCACAAAUUUCAGUUAACGGAUCGCAAGUGGAUAUCAUUCGCAACGGAUGUAUCAAUGCUGCCAUCGGUGGUGCAAAAACCAAUUUGACAACCGCCGCAAAUGACUAUAACAAGUGCCUCUAUAUGGCAAAGAACCAGCGUGAUGCUCCUUCGAAUUUAUUGCUAAAUUAAAAUAUUUUUGAAUAACCAUUCAAAGUAUUUCAAAUGCAAAACAGUAUUGUGUAAAUAUUCUCAUUAAGUUAUGUACAUUUUUUUUAUUCUGCCAAGAAAAGAUAAUAAAUGCUUUUGACUA